AUGGCCACUCAGAGUAUUCCCGUCGCUGGCUCAGCCCCUACUGAAGGCACUUUUCUCGUAAAAGCUGGUUUGGCCAAGAUGUUGAAAGGUGGAGUAAUUAUGGAUGUGACGAACGUCGAGCAAGCGCGCAUUGCUGAAGAAGCAGGUGCAGUGGCUGUGAUGGCCCUUGAACGCAUCCCUGCUGACAUUCGUGUGGACGGCGGCGUCGCGCGUAUGAGCGACCCGCAGAUGAUUGAGGCUAUCAAAAAAGCUGUAACUAUUCCUGUAAUGGCCAAGGUUCGUAUUGGCCAUUUUGUGGAAGCUCAAAUUCUUGAGGUCACCGAAAUUGAUUACAUCGAUGAGAGCGAGGUGUUGACAAUGGCUGAUGAAGAGAAUCAUAUCAACAAGCAUAAGUUCAAGGUUCCAUUUGUAUGCGGAUGCCGUAAUCUAGGCGAGGCUCUACGUCGUGUUGCCGAAGGUGCUGCAAUGUUGCGCACAAAGGGCGAGGCUGGAACUGGCAACGUUGUGGAAGCCGUCCGCCAUGCUCGCUCGGUACAUCGCGAGAUUCGCCGCCUUCGCUCUCUCGACGAAGAUGAACUGUUUGUAGCUGCAAAGGAGAUGCAGGCUCCGUUUGAGCUGGUAAAGCAGGUUGCCGCAACAGGAAAGUUACCUGUCGUAAAUUUUGCCGCCGGUGGUGUCGCCACCCCUGCUGACGCUGCUCUCAUGAUGCAGCUUGGAAUGGACGGUGUGUUUGUCGGAUCAGGCAUUUUUAAAAGCGGCGAUCCAGCUAAGCGCGCUCGUGCUAUGGUACAGGCCGUGACUCACUUUAAUGACCCUAAAAUUCUUAAGGAGAUUUCAACAGACUUGGGUGAGGCAAUGGUCGGUGUUCAAGACUUAAAAGCUGCGGCUGUCAACUUUCGAGACCGUGAAGGUGGACUUCGCGAUUUAAGGCGGUGGAAGCUUAAGCAUCCUAUGCAGGCAGCAGUACUAACUUGGUGGGAGUUAAGACCAGAGCGGGGCUCGCGCAUACGAAAUCGUUUCACGCUGCGCCAAGAAACGAAGUUUGCUGUAAUUUCCAUAGACAGCAAAGAGAUGUCAUGCAGGGUGAAAUUUCCGCAAAAUCAAAGCAAGCACAAGUGCCUUUCAUGA